ACUUUUUAUUUUCUGUCACGAAAAAGUAUAAUACGUGAAGAAAAAGUUCAGAAAGAGGAGAGAGAAAUUUUGAAGGUUGCGCAUUUCGUGCCCCCCCAUUUUUCUUUUCAUGUCCCCUAUUUUUUCGCAUGGAAUCCAAAUUAGGGUUUUUGCAUUUGUUCAGUUUUGGUUUUGAUCUGUUGGAUUGAAAUUUGAUUUACGUUAGUACAUUUCUGAGAAAGAAUUUAGAUCGUCGCUGAAUCUGGUGUUAUUUUUGGAUUGAAUUUGGAAUUUCGAGUGAUCAUUGCAAAAUCAGAUUUCGCCGAGAAUUAAUUGUCAAUUUUAGUGGAAAUUUCUUGUGGAACCAACUUUGAUGUUUUGCUUUGGGCUCGAAUUUUCACCGACUUGUUGGAUAACUUAGAUCUUGAAAUUGGCUCCCCAACGCCGGUCACAGCGCCACAUGAGUGGCCAGAUGCAACAGAGCAAUGCCGCAGCAGCGGCAGCUCUGUAUGAUCACCCCGGUGCUGCCGGUGGGUCCCUUUAUAAUGGGGGUCCCACUAGUAACGAUGCCGGUGAUGCUGUCAUGGCUCGCUGGCUCCAAUCUGCCGGGUUGCAGCAUCUGGCCUCUCCCUUGGCUUCCAACAAUGUGCCCAAUCUUCUGAUGCAGGGCUAUGGGGCACAAUCUAUGGAGGAGAAGCAAAGGCUGUUCAAAUUAAUGAGAAACCUGAAUUUCAAUGGGGAAUCUGGUUCUGAGCCAUAUACGCCUACAGGCCAGAGUGUUUCUGCAGAUGGUUUCUAUUCACCUGAGUUUCGCGGGGAUUUUGGAGCUGGGCUUUUGGACCUGCAUGCUAUGGAUGACACAGAACUUCUGUCAGAGCAUGUUUUCUCGGAGCCCUUUGAGCCCUCACCUUUCUUGCCGGGUUCAGCAGCUUCACUUGAUGAUGACAGACAGUCUAGGGGACAAGGACAGCCUGAUGCAGAUGCUCCUGCUUUGUCAACUGCAUUUGAUAAAGAUACUAUUCCAAAAGAAAAUAAUGUGGCCAAAAUAAGAGUAGUUGUGCGCAAAAGGCCUUUGAACAAAAAGGAGCUUACUCGAAAGGAAGAUGAUGUAGUUACUGUUUACGACAAUGCUUUGACUGUUCAUGAACCCAAAUUGAAGGUGGACUUAACAGCAUAUGUUGAGAAGCAUGAAUUUUGUUUUGAUGCUGUUCUGGAUGAGCAUGUAACAAAUGAUGAGGUAUAUCGUGGUACAGUUGAACCAAUCAUUCCAACCAUAUUUCAGCGCACAAAGGCAACAUGCUUUGCAUAUGGUCAAACUGGUAGUGGUAAGACAUUUACCAUGAAACCUUUACCUAUCAGAGCUGCUGAAGAUCUUCUGAGACUGUUGCACCAGCCUGUUUAUCGUAAUCAAAGAUUCAAAUUGUGGCUCAGUUACUUUGAGAUCUAUGGGGGCAAAUUGUUUGACCUCUUAUGUGACAGAAAGAAACUCUGUAUGAGGGAAGAUGGACGGCAGCAGGUCUGCAUUGUCGGACUGCAGGAGUUUGAAGUUUGUGAUGUGCAAAUAGUUAAAGAGUAUAUUGAUAGAGGGAGUGGAGCAAGAAGUACUGGUACCACAGGGGCCAAUGAAGAAUCUUCAAGGUCACAUGCUAUCCUUCAGCUUGUUGUGAAAAAGCACACUGAAGUAAAGGACACAAGACGAAAUAAUGAAGUUAAUGAAGCCAAGAUUGGGAAGGUGGUUGGAAAAAUUUCCUUCAUUGAUUUGGCUGGAAGUGAAAGAGGGGCAGAUACAACUGAUAAUGAUCGACAAACAAGGAUUGAGGGAGCUGAGAUUAAUAAGAGUCUUUUGGCUCUCAAGGAGUGCAUUCGGGCACUUGACAACGACCAACUUCAUAUUCCAUUUCGAGGGAGUAAACUCACUGAGGUUCUUCGUGACUCAUUUGUUGGCAACUCUAAGACUGUUAUGAUUUCUUGCAUUUCUCCAAAUGCUGGAUCAUGUGAACAUACCCUUAAUACUCUAAGAUAUGCAGAUAGGGUAAAAAGUCUCUCGAAAAGUGGGAAUCUAAAAAAGGAUUCGUUGCAGAGUUCACUACCAACUGUAAAUAAGGAAUCUUCGUCCAUGCCAAGCGCACAAGUUUUCACAGAUGUUGAGGCUGUUCAGGAGCGUGCAGAGGCUAGAGGAGCUGUUGUCAGUAGAAAAGCAGUAGAGAAGGAAAACUUUUCCUACAACCCUCCAUCUGAUUUUCCAAGUUACAGCUACAAUGGAAGGAGUGUGAAUAGUGCUGCUUCUGGAUCAAGUGAUGGAGAUAAAUUUGAGAGGAAAAAUACUUUUGUUGGUUCUACUAGUCAAAAGAGUUACUCAUCAUCUGCCCAGAAUUCUGCUGAUAUGGAAGAAAACAUUCAGAAGGCAUCCCCUCCUCGCAGAAAAAUCUCAAGUAGGGAUGACAAGACAGAAAAACUUGGGACCUGGCUUAAGAAAGAUGGGGUUGGGCCUGAUCCAUCAACCAUAACUCACAGAUCUCAUAAUAUGAGUGCUGCAAAUGCAAACAGUGUUUCAUCGAGGCAUAGUGAACCUGAAACUGUUGCGAAUGAUGGAGAUAUUGAUGCGAUACUAGAGGAGGAAGAAGCACUUAUUGCCGCACAUCGAAAGGAGAUAGAAGAUACAAUGGAGAUUGUCCGUGAAGAAAUGAAGCUUUUGGCAGAAGUUGAGCAACCAGGGAGUCGAAUCGACAAUUAUGUUGCACAACUGAGUUUUGUUCUCUCACGGAAGGCUGCAGGUCUAGUUAGCCUGCAGGCUCGGCUUGCCAGAUUUCAGCACCGGCUUAAAGAGCAGGAAAUUCUUAGCCGAAAGAGAGUUCCACAUUAACCAUGUUUCUCUUGUCAACACACCUCACUUUGAACAUUCAAAAAGAGUUAUUUCAUGUUGAUAUGGUACCCAACUUUGUUGCACUGGUGUAGUCAAGAAGCUGUGAUGUUACAUCUCACAAGCGUGUGUCAUGUCCAAGCUUCUGCCCAAGAGAACUUUGUGGAAAGAUUUGUGUUUUUUGUGAAAGAUAUUCAUGUAGUCAAUUGUAUUAUUUUAGUGAAGUCUGAUAUGAUGAUAGACGGGCUGUGGUCUGGCUGAAGAAGGGUGAUAGGGGGAGAUGAUUACACAACACUCGCGUUUUAGUUUGAGAAGUGGAAGAAAUGCUUUUAUUGUUCUGUUCUUUAAUUCAUUGAAUUCCAAAAUUUCUUGUAAUUUGCAUAUAACAACAAUGAUAGGAAAUAAAAUUGGUGAACCAUAACUAGAGCUGAUAAGUUCUAUUCCUGUUCUUAAA